CUUCGCUUUCGCGUCUCCCAUCUCCGCCGCGUCCAUGCCUGUGUCUACCUACCUACCUACCUUCAGUUCGUCGUCGCCGAUCGUCGCACCGUUAUCUUGUUCGCGCGUGCUCCUCGGUUGAGCUACCUGUGCCCGCUUCUUUUGGCUCAUCUGUCUCUCUUCGUUUCCUUCGUCGCGAAUAGCGUCGCGUUCUUAGCGUCGCGGCUCUCUACGCUUUAUCGUGCCAGCACAGGUGUUUUUUUGUGGCUUUUGUGAUAUACCAGAUACGGGGAGAUACGUCGCCGUUAUUGUGCCGCGACGUUAGAUCGACGUAAGCAGCAGCAGCGGCGGAUGAGAUCGUCCCCCGUCGACCCAUGCUCGGAUCCUGCGGAGGCGAGGAAGGAUGGUGAGCUCCCGCACGCCGGACGCCAACGUCACGUCCACCGCUAACGGGGCGGGCAUCGUCGACGGCGGAGGAGCGGCGGCGUCGUCGCGCGACGACGAGAGCCGGCCGACAGACGGCGUCGAUCAUCACCGGGAGUGGAGUCAGAGCGGCCCGGCGUCUCUCCCGAUGUCCACCGAUCUCCGCAAUCUCGUCAUCUCGCACCUCUCGGACUCCGGACGGUACUCGUCGACCAGCCCGGAGCGUCAUCGGCACCACCAGGAGGCGGCGGUGACGACGAACGGCGUCGCCACGAUCAAGAUCGGCUGCCACGACGAGGAGGAGAGCUACGAGGGCUUCGGAUCCGUCGAGGGGGACUCCCUCGUCGACGACGGCCCGGAUUCACCCGGUGGCAGCAGCUCCGCGCCCUCGCCGACCGGUACCAAUUCUCGCAGAAAUCCGAGAAGUCCUAACUCUACGGUUGGAAGACAUUCCUGGUUGCGCACUUCGCUGCGGAGAACGCCUCCUUGUUCGAGCAGGAAGAGACUCAGCUCCAACGCCUUGGCGAGCCAGCUUUAUCGGAGUGGCAGCUUCAACAGCCCGGGGAUGGGCUCAAACUACGAUGCUGCGGAUGAUGUCUACAGCGACGUAUCUUUGGAGGACGUGAUGGAUCUCAGCCACAAGGUUCAAAUGAUUCAGGAACAAAUGGAUGCUUUAGCGGACACCAAGUCGGUCGGCGAAGAGAGGUACGCACGAGCGAAGCAGGAAAAUGCGACGUUACAGGCGCGCAUACUAAUGCUCGAGGAGGCGGCCAAAGACGCGGAAACGAGGGCUGAAGAGAGGCUUCAAACCGAGCAACGAAGGCAUCGGGAAUGGGCAGGUCGUUUGGAACGCGAGCGACAGUUGCAGCUGGAGAAUUACGCCAUUAAACUGCAGGCCGCGGAGGUGGACAGUUCCAGUCUGAGGGACGAGAUCGCGAGAGUGCGCGAGCAGCUCGAGAGAGCGAGGGCGGACAAGACGCGACUCGAAAACGAUCUCCGGGAUGCCAGGAGGGAAACGGACGCCGCGCGCGAAAGUGAACGUCACGCGAUAAGCCGAGCUAACGAGGCUCAUCAUCAGCUGGACGCCAUAAGAGAGGAACUUUCGUUACGGAGCGAGGAUCAACAGAGGCUCGAGGAAUUGGUGCAGCAGGUGGUUCAACUUCAAGCUCGAAAUAAAAGUUUGGAAGAAUCUCGAGACGAGCUGCAGGCUGCUGCGGCGUUGCAGGCAGGUCGUGAACUUUUAAUGCUAAAUCCUUGUAACAAUAAUGCUGAGAAAGGUCCUAGUCUCGCUGUGGAAUUGUUGGCUGGCAUGAAUCCUGACCAGAUCGAUGGAGAGUUUAGCGAACCGUGCACAAUGGCUGAACUGAAACAAGCCCUGAAGGAACAGCAAGAAGUAAACACACAAUUGAGAACGUACAUCGAUGGAAUAUUACUAAACAUUGUGGAAAAUUAUCCACAAUUACUAGAAGUGAAGCAAACACACUGAAAUGUAGCACAUAGGAAUUAUCGUUAAAUUCUAAAUAUGUACCAUGGAGGCAAUUGUACGUUAUCUUUCUUCAUUGAAUCCAAGAUUGAAACUGGACUUGGAUUGGAAGUCGGCUGAUGUAUAAUUAUAUUUUAUAUAUGUAAUAUUUUUUUAGCGCGUAAAAAGAAAUUAUUUACGCAAAAGCAUAUCGUCGGAUUCGUAUGCGAGAGAAAUCGAUUUCAAAUUAAAGGUUUUCUCGAAGAUGAUAUUAAUAUCCGAACAAAUCCUGAAGAAAGAUGUCUAGAAGAAAUUGUGACAUUUUUCCUCGUUUUUGUAUUGUCUUAACAAUAGUUUUUAUUGUUAAGACGCAACAAUGAAAUCUAUUUGUUGCAUUGUUUAGAUCGGAAUGUGCAGUUUUCGAUAAUUAAUGCUCUAGGCAAAGUGUGCAGUGACGUAUAAGGGACAAUUUUCGAUUGCUUUCCUUUUCGAAGCGAACUUUGCAUCACAUUGUCCGCGAAUCUUCGAGCCGAUUUACCACUGCCGUUGUUGCUAAGUUUUAUCGCGCAAAUCUGUUGUUACCAGAAUGAUGAGCCUAUCUUAAUUAUACGAAUAGCUAGAAAUACUUCAAAACACAUGAGAUCAUUAAAGUACUUGUAUACAUCAAUGAUAGUGUUAAAUGGAAUAUAUACAUUUCUACAACGGAGACGCAACUGUGCUAUGUGUCGCGAAAACUGUGAUGCGUUAGAGUACCUUUUAAAAACAAUUUAGUAUCAGCAAUAUACACCUAUACAAUCUAUAUAGGUGAAAAUCUUGUACUCUGGAUCUUUAUACUGAAAGUUAGUAAUUGUGAUUAAAUAAUUAUAUUUUGAUA